AUGUCCUCGCCUACCAAGGUCACCUUCCCCUCGUUCACGCUCAGCAUCAGCGGCGAGCUGUACGCCCCGGCCGCCGGGUCUCCCGACCGAAAAGGCGCCGCCGUCGUCGUGAGCCACCCCAUGACGGGCGUCAAGGAACAAACAGCCGCCGACUACGCCCGGGCUCUCUCCUCGGCCGGAUUCUACGCCCUGACCUUCGACGCCGGCUACCAGGGCGAGAGCACCGGCGAGCCCCGCGGCCUCGAAGAUCCUCGCCAGCGCGUCGAGGACAACAAGGCCGCCGUCACGUACCUGACGCGCCUCCACGGCAAAGUCGACCCCGAGCGGAUCGGCGUCCUGGGCAUCUGCGCAUCGGGGGGAUACUCGUCGCACGCCGCACAGUCCGACGCCCGCAUCAAGGCCCUCGCCACCGUCAGCGCCGCCUGCGUCGGCCGCAUGACGCGCAACGGCGGCCUCUACGAAGCCAACGACAAGGAGUCCCCCGAGGCCAUUGCCGGCGCUCUCAAGGCGGCGGGCGACUGGCGCACCGCCCACGCCAACGACCCCAAGGCGCAGGCUCCGCGUAUGUUUGAGACCGAGGCAUCUGCGGUGCCGGAGGAGGCGCCGUCCUUCUUCAAGGCCGCCGCUGCGUAUUACGGCUCCCGGCGUGGCCACCAUGUCCGGUCGGACCAGCGCGUCCCGCCGUCUAGCUACGAUUUGAUGAUUGGAUACGACUCUUUCCAGCUGCCGCAUCUGAUUGCGCCGCGGCCGCUGCUCAUGAUUGCGGGCGCCGAGGCGGAGACGCUGCAUUUUAGCAGGGGGGCUGUCGAGGCGGCAAAGGAGCCGAAAGAGCUGUUUGUUAUUCGGGGGAAAAACCACUUUGACUUGUAUGACGAUUUGGCAGAGUCGGCGCCAAAGUUGAUUGCGUUUUACGCAAAAGCGCUUGCUCACUGA